AUGGCAUCCCAAGCGUUGAGUAGUAGUGCGACUGCAGUGAGGCCGGCGGUCACCGUUUCACCUUGGAAACCGCAAGCAGGACACCGUACAUGGUGGCAGUCUUCUUCACCCUGCAAAAGUAGAACCGGUAGACUUUCGUUUUCCGUUGGGUCGGUACGGUGUAAAGCUGUGGGACAAAACAAUCGUAGGUCCUUCGAUAAUUCAGUAGUUUAUCAAGGGCUUUACGGGCCAUGGACCGUGGACAAAUCCGACAUUCGAGAGGUGAUUUUGUACAGAUCAGGAUUAGUGAUAGCUGCUUCAUCAUUUGUACUUGCUGCAUCUGCAGCCUUUUUGCCUGAUGAUUCGUUACUAAGUUCCACUAUCAAGCAGAAUCAUGAUUAUUUGUAUGUUGCUGGGUCUUGUGGGUUAGGCUUAUCUCUCUUAUUGAUUCACAUAUAUGUGUCUGAAAUAAAGCGCACUCUACAAGCACUGUGGGUGCUUGGCAUUCUUGGAUCAUGCGCAACCUACAUAGCCGUUGCUCAACCAGCUAAUCAAAGUUUGAUACAUUGUAUUCUUGAUAAUCCUUCAACUGUCUGGCUUGUUGGUCCUUUGUUUGCUGCCUUGACUGGACUAGUCUUCAAGGAAGGAUUGUGCUAUGGCAAGCUGGAAGCUGGACUUCUGACAUUUGUUAUACCUACUGUUCUUCUUGGCCAUCUGACUGGCUUAAUGGAUAAUGAAGUUAAACUUGCUCUACUUGCUGCAUGGAUGGUCCUUUUUGUGAUAUUUGCUGGGAGGAAGUUUACUCAACCAGUCAAAGAUGACAUUGGUGACAAGUCCGUGUUCAUGUUCAAUUCUCUUCCGGAUGAUGACAAGGCAGCCUUACUGGAGAAAUUAGAACAGCAAAAAAUUAAGUAAUGAGGGUUCGGCUGCAUAACUACAGGAUGAAUUGCACUAGCUGGAUGAGGAGAUGCUGGGAAAAGGAAAUCUUAGUACAGUAUGGCGUUUUGUAAUUUUAAUACCAUCAUAUAAGGUAACUAGAUUUUUUCCUGUGUAUGGUACAGUAGUUGUAAUUUGACUAGAUAAAAAUGGAUUGAAUUGAAUUAAAUUUCUAUGGAUAAAUUGGAAAUAAAAUGAUAUACUGUAAUAUGUUACAAGUAAUUUGUAUUAAUGUGGAGUAGUUUUUGGUUAUUGUAGAUAA